AUGACUGACAAUAGUAUCAAAGUUGAAAAUGAUUUAAAUUCAUCGUAUGAAACCUAUCCUGGCCGUAUGCAUCCAACAAUGACCAACAUGUCGGUUGUGCCGCAAAUAUCAGCACGACCGAUGACUUUACCAAUCAAUAAUCAGUAUGCAAAUAAUUCAUUAUCGUUCACCUCCAACGACAAGUUUUCUCUAUCAACACCGGAUUUGAUCAAUGUUUUAGUGACUCCGCAAGCAUAUAACGAUGGACAACCGUCACCAGGUACGAGAGCAUUUCAUGAAAUGUUUGACUCAACCAUGACUAACAUUAAUCAUCCUAUUCAACCAUCGACGCAUCCUCUUCAGCAUGAUAUGCAUUUAAUAGUAUCCAAUACUGCUCAACCAAAUUCCGAAUUGAUUUCUCCAUAUCGUACGAAUCGAAGCAAUUCACAAAUGUCUGCAAUGCGCGACCGCUCGAUUUCAUCAUCUAUGAAUGAACAUGACUCAUCGAAUUCAACGGCGCCAUCAAGUCCAACAGGAUCGUAUAUAUAUAGUAAUCGUAUGAAAGAUGAAUUACAACAUGUGCCAUCAAUGAGAUCGUCACAGUCGGGUGACACAAACGAUGUAAUAAAAAAAGAGCGUAAACGUGAACGAAAUCGGCAAGCUGCACAAAAGUGUCGUACAAGAAAGUUAACGCGCAUUGCUGAGCUACAAAAACGCGUCAAUGAAUUACAAGGCAAGAAUAAGGAUUUAGUAGGCAUUGCUGACACUCUCAAGGCGGAUAUAACCAAAUUAGAAAGACAAUUGCAAGAUCAUCAUACACAAGGAUGUACAUUAAUGAAUGGUUCAUCGUUAUAA